AUGGUCCUCGAGGAGAAAACGUUCAUUAACGGAGAACCAGACGAUGAGGAGGAGGAGGAAGAAGAAGAGGAUGAAGAUUUAGUGGAUCCCCUGGAAACGAUGCGAGAGAAGUGUGCGGAGUUGGAGCACUGCGUACAUACUCAUGCUCGUCUGGAACAGUGCGAGAGCAGAGUAAGCGCUCGUUCCUCCACGACUGAAGACUGCACUGAGGAGCUUUUUGACUUCCUCCAUGCUCGGGACCACUGUGUGGCCCACAAACUCUUCCAUUCUGUUAAAUGA